UCUUUUAUUUUUGUACAUAUAUAUAUAAAUAUCCCCUUCUCUCUCGUUAGUUUCGUUCUGGUCUGGUCUGGUCUGGUCCUCCCACCUCUUCGUAACAGUCGUACCUGGUCGAAAAUAUAAACAUCUUUAUAUAUAGAUCAUAAAAGAAAGAUUCAUACGUACGUACGGCCUCUUUGCGGUUGUUACAGAGAAGAGAAGAAGAAGAAGAAACAUAUAUUUUCAUAUAUAGUUAUAUCUUUUGGUUCAUCAUAAUAUCAUGGGAUUCUUACACAAGCUCUGGGACGAAACUCUAGCGGGGCCAACCCCCGAGACCGGGCUGGCUAAGCUCCGAAAGUACGACUCCUUCGCCGGUGCCACUAGUACUAAUACUACUACUACUGUACCGUCAUCAACGCCUCCCCAGGUGGUGGUACCACCCCUCCAUGACAAUAGUGAUGGGGUUAGUCGGAGCAUCACCAUUCUUAGGACUAAUUCUUCACCUCCUUUCAGGACUUUCUCCACUGACGUCCCGGGUUCCGACCCGGACUCUCCUUCCGGCCGGUGCAGCGCGCCGGGCACUCCCACCACCCCCGGAACCCCUGGUGAUCAUCAGAAUAUGAAGAAAUAUUGGACAAGGAGAAAAACCCCUGUUGCAGCCGAUGCCUUUGAACGCGCUCAUAACCAGACAAGUCCGACUGUUUACGAUUGGAUAGUGAUUAGUGCUUUGGAUCGUUGAGAAAGAGAGAAGAAGAAAGUGACGGUCGAUUUUGUUUUUCCAUGCAUCAUCGCCUACGCCACUCUGUUUGUACAUAGAAGGAACUUUUUUGCAGAGAGUGUUUCUGCUACUAUAUAUAUGUAUAUAUAUAUAAAUAUUUAAAUACAUUAUAAUAAUAAGUCUACGGUUGGUUCAGCCGAGGAAGACUCGAUAGUGAAUCAAUACUUGUUGUGGGAGUUUUGUGGGAAGGAGGAGUAAGUUUAUAUAUAGCCAUAAUUUUCUACCGCCGAGUUCUUUGUGUUUUUUACAUAUUUUAUCUUGUAUUGUACAUACCAGGGGUUUGGAUUUAGCUUGAAUGUGUAUAUGAGUCGUGGUUUGAAUCCUCUUUCAAUGAAAAACUCAAUAGAAGAGCUUUGAAAAAGUUA